AGUAUUGCCUGUAUCAAUGGAAUCCAUCAAAAUUGAGGCACUCGCGAUGUUCUGAACGCAGCCUAGAUUUUCAGUGAUAGUAAAUUUCGGAACGCAGUUUUCUUCAAAGAAAAUAUAGGUUCCCUACGUCUUCCCCCUUCUUCACUGUUCCUCACGCCAAAUAUACAACUGAUUCGCGCUUCGCGCAUGAGCAGAGAACCACAGUAGGAUGAGAGAAGUAACUGCAUAUGUGCAUGUGGCUGUAUGGUUUUUCGCGCCUAUAUGUAUUAAAAAAGUAAAUAUGGAAGCAGUAUCAGCUUUCUCCGUAUAUGCAGCAAAAGAGAAAAAUACAGCACAGUUAUUAAAUGGAAAGAAGAAUAAACAAAAAUCAUCAAAAGUUUUGAAUCAAAAGAACAGGAAAAAUGUGAAGCAAACAAGUGCAAACCAACAGGUGCAGAGAAAAGAAAGGAUAAAAUCUAAAACAAAAGUAAAUAUCAAUGACAGCAUACAACCAAUAAACAAAUUAAAUGAAAACCGAAAUAUGCGUAGAAAAUUGAAAUUAAAAGCAAUGAGAAAGAAGAAUCUUAAAAAAAAAACUACUCAGACAAACUUAGCUAUGAAGAAUAGUAGAGCAGAAAGUAACAAAAACAAUUUAAAAUCAAAUCAUAGUGAUUUGAAUCAGAGUGAUUUGAAUCAGAGUGAUUCAAGUAAUACGAGUAUUGAGAUAAAUGAAAAAAAUAGUGAUGAUAGCAAUCCAAUUACGACUAGCCGAAAAAUACUUCAGUGGCUAUUGUAUCCUAUAGAUAUAGAACACUUUUUCGAACACAAUUGGGAAAAGAUACCAACGUACGUAAAAAGGGGUAUACCCAAAUAUUACAAGCGCAUUGUAUCAACUCCUGUAAUAGAUGACGUAUUGAGGAAGAAUCAUCUCCUAUUUGGUAAAAAUAUCGACAUAACGUCUUAUUCUAACGGAAUGAGAGAGACUCACAACUCUUCUGGUCGCGCUGUUGCGAGUGUUGUUUGGGAUUAUUAUCAAAACAAAUGUUCUGUCAGAAUGUUAAAUCCUCAAACAUUUAUACCUGCAAUACAUGCGUUGAAUGCUACUCUCCAAGAAUACUUUGGUUGCUUUGUGGGUGCCAAUUUGUAUCUUACGCCACCUAAUAGCCAAGGUUUCGCGCCUCAUUACGAUGACGUAGAAGCAUUUAUAUUACAAAUCGAGGGUCAGAAGAGAUGGAGGUUAUACAAACCGCUGAAUGAAAAUGAAUAUUUGCCGAGGUAUUCCUCCAAAAAUUUCAAUCAAUUAGAGAUAGGGAACCCUAUACUAGAUACAGUUAUCAAAGCUGGUGAUUUGUUAUAUCUACCACGGGGAACCAUCCAUCAAGGAAUGACUCUCGAUACUCAUAGCUUGCAUGUUACAAUAAGCGUGUAUCAGAAAAACAGUUGGUGCGACUUUCUUGAGAAAGCGCUUCCGCAAGCUUUGAAGCGAGCCACUGAAAACGAUAUUCGUUUUCGGGAGGGAUUACCCCUCGAUUACUUAAAAUACGUCGGUACUGCAUAUCAAGCGAAUGAUCAAAAAUAUAUAUUCAAAAAUAAGAUUAAGAAUUUGAUCACUUUGAUGCUAAAAUAUAUUGAUAUUGACAACGCGGCCGAUUUGAUGGCCAAAAAUCACAUUCACGAUUUUCUGCCACCGUUCCUCUUCGAAGAUGAACGGGAAUGUACCGUGGCGGAAGGUGGCGAGAUCAUGACCAAUAACGGGGUUAUCAAGAACUGCGUGGAGAUAACGCUUGAGACAAAGAUACGAUUGUUAAGAUCGCAUUGUAUCAGAUUAGUAAAAGAAGAUGGAAUAUAUAAGAUAUAUUACUCUACCGAAAAUUCCAAAGAAUAUCACGAAUAUGAGCCACAAUUUUUAGAAAUUGACGAAGAAUUUGUACUUGGAAUUAAGCAAAUUGUACUAUGUUAUCCUGCUUUUAUAUCUGUAAAGGAACUACGAAUUGAAGAUGACGAUACAAAGAUUCAAAUAGUGAAAGAUCUCUGGGAAAAAGGUUUAAUCUUAAUGAAGAAUCUGCUGUGCUGAUACACAAAUCUUGUUUAAGAAAAGAAAAGAAAAAGAACUAUAUAAAGCAGUAUUAAAUAGAAAACUGUGUACAAGUUCUGUGACAUAAUACUGAAUAUCAAUAUAAUAUCGACAAUGAUUCCUGUUAUAUUGUAUUUUAUAAUUCAUAUUAGCUUUUACAAUAUAUCUUAUUUUAACUCUUUGUA